AUGGCAGACCUCUACCACUCCAUUGAUGAGUCUCAACUGAGAGCCGAGGCAUCCUCAUGUCUCCUAACCUAUGGGUCCAAAUUUCACCCUAACAUUAUAUCCCGUGCAAAGGGCGUGUACAUCUACACUGCUUCCGGACACCGCAUACUAGACUGGACAUCUGGCCAAAUGUCCUGUCUAAUCGGCCAUGGAAAUCCGGAAAUAGUUGAAGUCAUCACAAACCACGCCGCAAACCUUGACCAUCUGUUCAGUGGCAUGUUGUCGCCACCUGUAAUCUCUCUGGCCAAAAGGUUGAUAGAUUUAACGCCGAGAGGAUUAGAUAAAACCUUUUUCUUGAGCACCGGAGGAGAGAGCAACGAAGCUGCGAUUCGGCUUGCAAAGUUUUAUACUGGUAAAUUCGAGAUUGUUGGAUUAAGCUCUAGUUGGCAUGGAAUGGUGGGCGCGGCCAAUGGUGCGCAAUAUCAUUCAGGCCGCGCUGGAUAUGGCCCAGUGCUCCCCGGAAACUUCUGCCUCCCGGCUCCAAACGCCUACAGAUCGAUUUUUCGGCAUCCCAACGGAUCGCACGACUGGCGCACAGAAUUGGAUUACGGAUUCUCACUCAUAGAUCGCCAGUCCUGCGGCUCCCUUGCAGCAGUUAUUGCUGAGCCAAUCCUGUCUUCAGCCGGUAUGCAUCCAUUACCUGCUGGAUAUCUCAAAGCUCUUAAAGAACAUUGCGACCAACGAGGGAUGCUUCUCAUAUGUGAUGAGGCCCAGACCGCUAUUGGGAGGGCUGGCGAUAUGUUUGCGUUUCAGCACCAUGAUGAUGGCGUGAUUCCGGAUAUUCUUACUCUGAGCAAAACGCUUGGCAACGGACUACCACUCAGUGCAGUGAUCACAAGCGAUAGCAUUGCCCGAUUUGCGAAGGAGAACAACUUCACUUUCUAUACAACUCAUAUCAAUGAUCCGAUUCCAGCUUCGGUUGGCGAUAAGGUGUUGGAGAUAGUCGUUCGUGAUGGCUUGGUACAAAGAUCGCGCGAACUGGGCAAAAUCCUGCAAGCCGGGUUUCGGCACCUUCAGCAGCGCUAUGGAUGUAUCGGAGAUGUGCGCGGUAGAGGUUUGAUGGCUGGUGUAGAGAUAGUCACUGACCGUAUAACAAAAGAGCCUGGGUUGGAGCUCGGGGAUCGAAUUGGCAAAAGAAUGGCAGAACUGGGGUUGUGGGCGCAGCUUGGAACUAUGCAAAGCUUCUCGGGUGUUUUCAGAAUUGCACCGCCAAUUACGAUUUCCCUGAAGGAGCUGGAAGAAGGGCUGGCGAUCAUGGAGAAGGCAUUCUCAACGGUGGCCGGAACGAUGCCCUUAUAUCAACAGGACUUUGGAGGCCGAGUGGGGGCCAACCUCUAAGAUGUGAAGUUCGUUGUCGUGGAAUUUCGAAUGAUAGGUUUUCAAGUCUUGCUUAAAGCGGGUAAAAGUCAAUAUGGCGAAACAAGCUGACAUGCUUGUUCGAGUUCUAC